AUGGGAGUUAUAGUUGGCAAUGGAUAUUGUAGAGGCCAUUGUACUUUCUGUGCUAUCUUUUGUGGCUCCACACUGGCAUGUCUGAGUCAUGAUGGUGAUGGAAGUGGACAACGGCCAUGUUAUUGUCUUCGUCCACUGUCUUCUGUGGUAGGCAAAAGUGGCAGGCUUCAGACCUACAUUGUUCAUGUACAAAGGCCGAGGAAUGAUGAGCUUCUUAGCAAUGAAGAUGUUGAGGAUUGGCAUCGAUCCUUCUUGCCAAAUACCACUCUCGACACUGGUGAGCCACGGUUGGUUUACUCAUAUUGUUAUGCGAUGAGUGGAUUUGCUGCGAGAUUGACUGUUGAAGAGGUGAAAGCCCUAGAGCCCAUGGAAGGAUUCUUAAGGGCAUGGCCCUCCAAAAAGGUUUCAUUCUUCACAACCUACACUCCAGGUUUCUUGGGGCUAAGCCGCUGGGAUGGUCUUUGGGUUGGUUCAAAUAUGGGUGCUGGAGUGAUCAUUGGUGUGGUUGACACCGGCAUUACUCCUAGCCAUGCUUCUUUCAUGGAUGAUACCUCAAUGCCACCUCCACCGACCAAAUGGAAAGGUACCUGUGGUUUCAACAAUAAAACAUUAUGCAAUAACAAGCUCAUUGGUGCAUUUGCAUCUCGUGGCACACCAGUGGAUUCUAAACGUAAUGGGCAUGGAACACAUGUUGCGGGCAUUGCUGCUGGGAAUUUUGUGGCUAAUGCUAGUGUUCUUGGACUUGCAACGGGCACUGCCUCUGGUACUGCACCUAAAGCUCACCUUGCUAUGUAUAAGGUAUCUACUACUGGUGCACUAGUGGCAUCGAUCGAUAGAGCCAUUCAAGAUGGAGUGGACAUUCUUUCAAUUUCUCUUGGCAAUAGAGCACCCUCUAUAUUCAAUGAUGAUGAUUAUGCAAUUGCAACAUUUGCUGCUAUUAGGAAGAAUAUAUUUGUAUGUAUGGCAGCAGCUAACUCAGGUCCCUAUCCAGAAACAAUAAUUCAUGGGGCACCGUGGCAAAUGACAGUUGGAGCAAGCAGUCAUGACAGAAGAAUAAUUUCUACUGUGAGACUUGGAAAUGGUGUCGAACUAGAAGGGCAAUCAGGAUAUCAACCGAGCUCUUCCAAUAAUACCACUGCAUCCCUUGUCUUCCCAGGGGGCCAAGGUCAGAAUGGCACUUUAGGUUGCAAGAAAGAUUCUUUUGAUAAUGUUGAUGUCCAAGGAAAAAUAGUGUUGUGCAUGAUUGUCGUAGGCAGGUUUAGAGACAUGAGUAUCAAUGUCAAAAAUGCCGGAGGGGUAGGCAUAAUAGUGUUGAAUUCAUUUGUAGAAGGAUCUACUACAUACUCUGAUAAUCAUGUUAUUCCAGCAGUUCACAUCAAUUAUACUGAUACAAGAAAGGUAGUGAAGUACUUCAAUAACUUUAGCUCGACUGCAACUGCAACUGCAACAAUACUAUUUAAUGGAACCAAAUUUGGCGCACGACCAUCACCAUCGGUUCCUUAUUUCUCAUCAAGAGGUCCAUUCACUUUUAAUGGAGGUAUACUAAAACCAGAUAUUCUUGGCCCUGGAGUGAAUAUUCUGUCAGCAUGGCCAGUUAAUCCAGGGCCUGAUCCAAAUAUUGGUCCAUCGCACUUGCAUUUCAAUUUCUUAAGCGGGACAUCCAUGGCCACACCUCAUCUUUCUGGAAUUGUGGCACUACUCAAGAGUACUCACAAAAACUGGUCUCCAGCAGCCAUCAGAUCAGCCAUCAUGACAACAGCUGACAGGUUUGAUCUUGAUGGAAACCCACUACUUGAUGAUUAUGAAUUCCAAAAUGUGAGUGCAAAUUUUUUUGCAAUGGGUUCAGGACAAGUGAAUCCAAUAGCAGCUAAUGACCCGGGUCUUAUUUAUGAUAUCACACCAGAUAAUUAUGUCCAAUACCUCUGUGGUUUAGGGCUAAAUGACACGGCUAUUACAGUUAUUACUGGCAACCGAGUCCAAUGUUCCAAUGUUAGUAGCAUCCUACCAGAGAACCUAAACUAUCCUUCAGUAUCAAUAUAUCUAGAUCCCGCCACAAAUAAGUCUGUAACUCGUGUCCUCACAAAUGUGGGGAAUGCUGACGAAGUUUACAACAUAAAAGUUGAAGAGCCAAAAGGAGUCAGUGUGGUUGUCUCUCCACCCCAACUUAAAUUUACCAGUGUUGGCCAGAAGAAGAACAUCACUAUUCAAUUUGAGAGCAAGGGAAUGCCUUUAACGAAAGACAAUAAGUUGGAAGGACAGCUAAUAUUGGAAUCUCCAAAGCAUUUUGUGAGGAGCCCUAUUUCUGUUACCAUUAUAUGA